AAUCUGAAAGAUCAGGGAGGCAGCUAGGAAGGCAGGGAGGCAGGGGCAGCUCCUCGCUAACUUCGCAGCAGAGCCGCUCAGGUGGUUUCUCUCUGUCAUAUCUUCUGAGGUUGCUGCCUUCAAGACGCAUUGAGGAGCAUGCCUCUCAGCUCGCAAAAGAACCUCUUGGUGGCGCCGACUGCAAGUGCUUCCGAACUACCACCCUUCAAAGUCCAGAGAUCGUCCCAAACUUGGUGGUAGAGAUCACGUCAGUUUUGACAGGAUGGACGUUCGAUUGGAACAUGUGGGGGUGGGGUGCAACCGGGUGGUCAAUGCCGCAUCUUGGGGCCCCUCAGGCCUUGUCGCAUUUGGCGCACACAAUGCGGUGGCUCUAUACAGUCCCGAGGAUGUGAGGGUUCUUACGACACUGCCAGGACACUCCGACCGCGUCAACUGCACCGAAUGGCUGCCAAGGCACUCCGCCGGCCUUCCCACAAACCAUGCAAACCACCCAGUAAACCCGCCUGGAAACCAUCCUGCAAACCCGGCCCCAAGCCCCCUCCCCCUCAUAUUGGCCUCCGGAGAUGCAUCCGGCACAAUCUUCCUUUGGGGACAGCAAAGCACAUCCCGCCAGGACCAACCUCGUGAUACAUCGGAACCCAACUUCGUAUCUGUAGCACACAUUCCAACUGCGCACUCUGGGGCCGUCACGUGCUUAGUCAGUCACGUUCGUACUGUUACCCCGUCGGUUCAUCCAGCGAGAAUUAUAGAGGCCCUGUUGGUUUCAACCUCGUCGGACGGUACAGUUAAGAUCUGGGGCAUCAGCAAGGGAGGGGGAUCCGGACAGGGCCUGGUAGAGACCACGUGUGUGCAGACCAUCUCGGUGGGACCGAAGGUGAUGAUGUCAGCGGCGAUGACGGCGCUUUCUGAGAGGGGGUCCAGACUGCUGUUGGCGCUUGGGGGCUUGGACAAUGCAGUGCACUUGUACACCAGCUCAGAGCACCUUCAGUUCUCAAAGGUCUGCUCUCUGACCGGUCACCAAGACUGGGUGCGCUCCCUCGCCUUCGCUCCCCGUCCGAACCCAUCUGCAUCCAACCCUCCUCCGCUGCUCUUGGCAAGCGGAUCUCAGGAUCGCAACGUGCGCAUCUGGCGCAUCGCGCCCCGGAAGUCGACCUCCACGUCAGUUUUGACUACGUCUACCGAACAAGAACCGAUACCCUCCACUAGCUCGACCGGAAACGGCGAAUCUAACUUGCUUUCUCCGAGCACGGAGGAAGGCAACCUCGCGCUUGGCAGCAGAGUAAGCAAACAAGCAAACCCGGCGAAACCGGAAAUAAACAGGUCGAAUAGCGACCCCAAAGACGAGGCCCCGGAUUUGGCGGGGUUCAUGAGCCUGCUGCACAUGUAUGCGGCGGGCCCUGUUUUCCGGGUGGGCGGCCGCGUGUGGGAGGCGUCCCUGGAGUCGCUCCUCAUUGGCCACGAGGACUGGGUGCACUCGGUGCGCUGGGCGCCGCCACCUGUCGCUUCCGUACUGCCAAGUGGCACCUCCGGAGGCGCUUCUCCCAGCUCAAAUGCCACAGGGAGCAAUGGUCUGAUUCAAAAUGGUGACGCAAGUUCAUUAGAGAGAAGCGCAGAGGCAGCGGAAAGGAGAGUGAGGGAAAGCGCUGCGCGGUCGUCGCUCCUGUCGGCAUCCAUGGACCGUACGAUGAUGGUCUGGCGGCCGGACGCGCGCACGGGGCUCUGGACGUCCGAGGUGACCGUCGGCGAACUGGGGGUGUCCAACCUCGGCUUUUACACCGGGCUGUGGUCCCCCCGGGGGGAUGCGAUUCUGGCGCACGGUUACACGGGCUCAUUUCACUUGUGGGGUCGGGAAGUUCUGGAGUCUGGGGGGGAAGAGUGGCGCCCCCGGCUGGCUGUGUCAGGCCACGUGGGGGCCGUUUCGGACUGUGAAUGGGAUCGGGGGGGGCGGUAUCUGCUGAGCGUGAGCCAAGAUCAGACGGCAAGAAUACAAGCGUGCUGGCAGUGGGGGGGCCGGGACGCGGGCUCGAAGUCAGAGGAGAAAGGGAAAAAAACGCCCGAAAGUGAUGCAGCUGGGGGGAAAGAAACACCUGUGAGUUUGGGGGGGCGGAGAGCUGGUGGCCGCGCUUCGUGGCACGAAAUUGCGCGGCCGCAGGUGCACGGGCAUGACAUCCACUGCUGCGCGUUCGCCGGCCCGGCCGCUGACGUCAGCACAAGCACCGCUGACGUCGGCGUGUACGUCAGCGGGUCCGAGGAGAAGGUUGCGCGGGUGUUCCAGGCGCCUGAGGCCUUUCUGCAGACGCUUUCGCAGGGGGCCGGCCUAGAGGAUCCUCCGUCCGGUGCACUCGGAGCAGGGGCCGAAAGUAGCGCUAAGGGUUCCACCACAGAGAAGAUUCUCGGCGCAAACAUGUCAGCGUUGGGGCUGUCUCAAAAGCCGAUUUAUGCGGCCGGGGGGGCGAACAACGGGGACAAGAACGGGGGGGAGAUGGGGGGCUUGGGGGGAGAGGCGUUUGACACGGUGCCUGAGGCGGCCCCGAAAGUGUUGGAGGAACCGCCGCUUGAAGAGCAUCUGGCGCAGAACACGCUGUGGCCGGAAGUGCGGAAGCUGUACGGGCACGGCAACGAGCUGUGGUGCAUGGCCGGCGAUCAUUCGGGCAGAAUCCUAGCGACCGCCUCUAAGGCCCAGUCCGCGGCUGCUGCCGCCAUCUGGCUGUGGGACACCGCCACGUGGCAGCCUGUGGGCCAGCUGUCGGCUCACCAGCUCACGGUCACCCAGCUUGAGUUCUCGGGCGACGACCGGUUCCUGCUGGCGGUCUCCAGGGACCGCCACGUGUCGCUUUGGGAGCGCACGGGUUCGGGGUCUGUUGGAAGCGCAGCCGGCACGGGACAAAACGGCGUCGAGCCUGGUUCGAAGGAUCCUCCUGGGAAAAGCGACGGAAAUCCUGUGCGGAAACGCGACGAAGAGAGUGUGCCGAGCACGAGUUCGGUGGAAACCUCUUCCCGGGGGGCAAUUCAAGAGCUGAUUCAAGAGCUGGCGGAUGGAGUGGGAAGGAACGAGCGGGAUGAUAAAGAGGAGGAAGGCUUGGGGAGCUGGAUCAAGGAAGGGUCGUACUUGGACCGCCGGACGGUGGUACCGUCGUCCGAAACCGGUCCGCCGUACCGGUUGGUGUUCAAAGUCGAGGCGCACAAGCGGAUCGUGUGGGCAGGAACUUGGGCGCCCGACGGGCGCACCUUCGCGACCGGUUCGCGCGACAAGCUCGUCAAGAUCUGGGCGGUUUCGUACGGUGCGGACGGUCGUGCGACGGGCGUCCGGGAGGUAACGAGGCUCCCGGCUUUCAGGGAGAGCGUUACGGCGCUGGCGUGGGGGGCGAGGAACGUGCUGGCGGUGGGGCUGGAAAAUGGCGGCCUGGAGCUGUGGCAGGGUGAACCGGGCGGGUUAAGCUUGACCAGGCGGUUUGACGCGGGGCUCUGCCACGUGGCAGCGGUACAUAGGAUCAGGUGGAAGAGCGGGUAUGCCGAUAGAUGGGCGGGUGACAGUAGACAAGCGGAGGCCAGCCAAAGCGAGAGGCUUCAGUUGGCCGCGUGCGGUGCAGACCAUUCAGUGCGCAUCUUCUCGAUAGACUUGAGAUGAAAAUCAUUGUUGGAUGUACGUAUCCCUGUCUCGGCGAGAAAGGACGAGUCUGUAAGGCCUGAAGUGUUUGGAAAGUAAGUACUGCUGCC